AUGUCAUCAAACGCAGGGCCGUCUACGCAGCGGCAAGUCGUCGCCGUCAUCGGCACCACGGGCGUUGGUAAAUCAAACCUGGCUGUGACACUUUGCAAAAGUCUCUCCUCUCUCGAACCCGCACGCAGCGGUAAAGUGCUCUCAGCCGACUCGAUGCAGCUCUACAAGGGGAUGGACUUGAUCACAAACAAGGUCACGGUGGAGGAACAGGGCGGCGUCGAGCACUGGGGCCUGGAUGUCGUCCAGCCCGGCCAAGAGCACAGCUGGGAGGUGGGCAAGUGGUGCAGCGAGGCGGAUCAGGAGCUGGAGCGAAUGCCUGAAUCGACCCUCCCCGUCAUCUGCGGAGGGACGCACUACUUUAUCCAACAUUUCCUCUUCCCUCCCGACGACCUGAGCUUGGACCGCAAUCGCGAGAAGGGCAAGGAGAACGACUCUCUCGCGAUUCGUUGGACGCCACCGAGGGCCAUGCCGUCAGUUCCAGAAGAUAUGAAUCCGCACCUCCGCCGGCUUCUGGAGACAUUCUGGCUCAACGACGCAGUCUAUCCCCCAGUAGACGGGUCAGCUGAGGAUGAAGAGUGCGGCCCAGGCUCGACACGGCUCACUUCGCGUCCUGUCGCGGGUACCGAUCACGAGCUGCUCAGCAUGUGGCGGCUACUGGAAGCGGUAGACCCGAAUGACUCUGUGCGUUGGCACUGGCGAGAUGGGCGCAAGGUGCGGCGCAGCAUCGAGCGGUGGUGGGAGCGGGGCGGUGGUGAGGUGGACAAGUCCUCCGAAGAGAGGGCUGGGCGAACCGCGCGCUUCCGAACGCUCAUCUUCUGGGUGUAUGAGCCACUCGACAGCUUGCGCGAUCGUCUCGACCAGCGAGUGGACAAGAUGGUCAAAGGUGGGCUGCUGGACGAGAUCGCCGAGCUGCGCGAGAUUGCGCGGCGUGUCUACGGGUCUGAGGAAGCGACCGACCUCUUCGAGGGUAUUUUCCAGGCGAUCGGGUAUAAGGAGUUUGCCGAACUGCCGCUUCCCCAGGAAAGCCCAUUUGAGAACCCCGAGUUCCAGCGCAUGCUCACGUUGAUGAAACUCAGCACGCACCGAUACGCCAAGUCCCAGAUCCGGUGGAUCACGAAACAACUCCUCCCGGCGGUGCAUGAUGCCCGCUCGCGUGGCGGCGACGUGCACGUCUACGUCGUGCCCGGUGGUGCGGCGGGUGAACCGCUCGCGGUGGAGGUGCUGGCGGCCUUCCUGCAGGGGAAUGGGAACGAGUUGCCAGACGCCCAGAAAGUCGGACAUCCUGACGCCCACACACUGCUCAAAAUCCUCGCGCAGGAACCCGCGGGUGUGGCCGACACGGCCGAGUAUGUCGCCUCUGAGAUUGAGCUGACGCCUAGCCGACAGAUUCUGAAUGCCCGCCGGAUAUGCGACACGUGCUCCACACCGGGCAAGCCGUUUUCCGUGCGCGGAGACGAUUGGGACGACCAUCUCAAAUCCAAGAUACAUAGACGUACCACCAAGUACGGCGGGUUGAGUCGUGAAGAGUUUGCACAGGUGCAGAAGGCAAAGGGUCUCGCUCGGAAGGCGGCUCUGGAGGAUGAGCGAGCAGCGGAGAAGGAUAAGGAUAAGGAGAGCAUGGCAACGGCAUCUGAGAACACGUAG